ACUACGGUCAUUACGGUAGCGAAAGCCGCCCGGUGCUCGUCUCUCAGAAUCAGUACGGUAACCUGCAGCCGCAGUCGUUCACUGGCGUUUAUCCCCGAGCCCCUGCUGCACCUCCGCUCGGCACUCGGCUCGGGCUGACUUCACCUCAUCAUCAUCAUCAUCAUCAUCAUCAUCUGGUGCCCAAACUGCGCGUUCCUCCUCCGCUGACGGCCGGGCGCGUCGCUCACACUUCACUGAAGCUGCAGAUCUUCACCGUGGGCCGCUUUAUUCCGAGGCUUAGGAUACGCAGUCUUAUGGCCGUCGCCGCGCGGUCGCCCAGAAACCGGUCCUGCGUAAAAGUAAACUCAGGAAUCUAAUUUUGCUUCAGGGACCGGCGGCGUAGCUGCGAGCUGCUCUGCGUAAAGGUGAAAUCAGGAGAAGGACCCCCCCACCCUAAAAACAAAAAAUCAAAAAAAAAAAGGGCUGCUGGGCCUGAUUCUGGUUUGGGACAGUACUCAGAUUUCAUACCUGCAGGGGUAAAUCUAUAGAAGUCUGGGUUCAUGCCGGAUUUCGAGCACUUCAGAUUUUCCUACUCAAGAAUGAAUCCGGUCCUGGGGGAGAGCGGCUUUCUGGCACCACAGCAGCACCACAACCAGAUGACAGGCCAGACCGACUCUGCCGUCCUGGAGCCUGGUUAUUUCCUCGGGGACCACGCCGGGUUCGGUUCUGAUGGGAUUCCUGGGCUGGACCUGGGCGCCCUGCCACCAUCGGGCCUCGCCUACCUGCACCUGAGCAGCCCCCUGCACCGCGUGCCCCCGGCGGCCACUGCACUGCGCAACGACCUGGGAUCCAACAUCAGCGUGCUGAAGACCCUGAACCUGCGCUUCCGCUGCUUUCUGGCCAAAGUGCAUGAGCUGGAGCGCAGGAACAAGGUGCUGGAGAAGCAGCUGCAGCAGGCUCUGGAGGAUAACAGUGGAGCGGAUGGACACCAGAAGCCACUGACCAAAGACAUGGGGGUCCAGACUGGAUUUAUCGGGUCCAUUCCAGCCAGACCGGGCCUGAUCCCGCUCCACAAUGCCAACAACGCAGCCUACCUGCCGGGCGGUCUCCUCUCUCCAACCCUGAACCCUCCUCCUCUCUUUGACAACAAACACAUGCUGGAGACCAACCUCAACCCAAUCCCAUUCUCCACGGAUUCAAACUCCAACCUCACCACUUACGGGUUCUCCAUCAGCCCAGCUCUGAGUCCCAGCGACCCGUCCGAAACCAUCACCAACAUCAACGAGAAAUACGCUGCUCACAACGAGACAAACACCUACGACGUCCCCCCUCCUCCGCCACGUUUCCUCCCCGGGACGAUCUGGUCCUUCAACCACACCCGCCGUUUUGGCCACGGGAGAGAGCCGUGCGUUACGGGGCCCGGGGUCUCCUGGACGCACCCGGACGGUGUCGGCGUCCAGAUCGACACCAUCACACCGGAGAUCAGGGCCCUGUACAAUGUGCUGGCCAAGGUGAAGAGAGAGAGAGACGAGUACAAGAGAAGAUGGGAGGAAGAGUACACGGCCAGAAUGGACCUGCAGGAGAAGGUGGCGGAACUGGAGGAGGACCUGCAGGAGAGUGAGGUGUGUCAGGAUGAGUUGGCUCUUCGGGUCAAACAGCUGAAGGCCGAGCUCGUUCUCUUCAAAGGACUCGUCAGCAACAACCUGUCAGAUCUGGACAGUAAGAUCCAGGAAAAGGCCAUGAAGGUGGACAUGGAUAUCUGCCGGCGCAUUGACAUCACCGCCCGCCUCUGUGACGUCGCCCAGCAGAGGAACUGCGAGGACAUGAUUCACGUCAUCCCGCAGGUGGCCACGCCCCCCUCCACUCUGAACCGCCGGGCCAGGAAACAGAACGGGCAGUCGGCGAAGGGCGGGGACGGAGACGAACCGAACACGUCCGAGAGCGAGGGGGGCGGCGGCAGGGACGAGGAGUUGUGCAGCACCUCGGCCAAUCAGAUCAACGAGCAGAUGCAGAAGAUGCUGAAUCAGCUUAGGGAGUGUGAGUUCGAUGAUGACUGUGACAGUCUGGCCUGGGAGGAAACAGAAGAAACUCUUUUGCUGUGGGAAGAUUUUUCUGGAUACACACUGGGAGUUGAAACACAGGGAGAGCAGGAGGAGUCCAUCGAGAAGGUGAUUAACGACACCGAGUCUCUGUUCAAAUCCAGAGAGAAGGAAUACCAGGACACCAUCGACCAGAUAGAGCUGGAACUGGCCACAGCGAAGAGCGACAUGAACCGCCACCUGCACGAGUACAUGGAGAUGUGUUCGAUGAAGAGAGGGCUGGACGUCCAGAUGGAGACCUGCAGGAGACUCAUCACACAGAGCGGAGACAGGAAGUCCACCUCUCUCAUCACGCUGACGGUCGACGACCCUGACGGCGAGGAGAAGGAGAGGAAGAAGUCGGCUCUCCCUGCCGACCCGGAGAGCGGCGGCUCUUACGGCGACGCCGACGCCGCCAUCCCUGCUAUGGCCUGGAGGAAACCCUAACACACACCGCUGGUACUCCGAAAUAAUGUCACACCGAUGCUCUCUCUCUUCCUCCAGUGCCGUUUGUGAGCCUGAAUUUGUGGAAAACCGUGAAACUUCAACGUGUCUGCAAUACGUCUGAGUGGUUUUUGUUGACAUAAGGUAGAAUUUAUUUUAAAAUCAUCAGAUGUAAAAGGUACUUUUCUUGAUCCUGCCUAUCCGACGAUGAUCGGUCACUUUUACUGGUCACAAACUCAGUCGACGUGACAGAAGAUUUAGAGCAAAAAGGUGGAUUUAUGUUCCCUGCAGGUGGCAGGAAACUUACGCCCACGUCCUUACACAUAAUAACAUCAUUUGCUUAGAACAAGAGGGAAAAGAAUUCACUGAUUUUGCUUCUGUUUUCCUGCGCGACGCGAUGAACAGGACGCGUCUUCUUUUAGUUUGCACACGGAUGUUGCCGUUUAGUGCAGGAGCCAAUUAUUUGCACAGUUUCUGUAAAAUGAUGCCUUUCGAGUGUGAGCACAGAGAGGAAGCAGCGCACUAGGAAUUAGUUUGCACAUGAUAACCUGUUGGUUACAAGAGUUAAGAGCUGUUAUUAUAAUGAAAUGUUUGGUUUUUUUAUCUUAUUCGUAAUCUUGUGAUGUGCAGCAGGUUUCACAUGUUGCACGUGUGACAGAAGCGCUGUUCCCCAUUUCCUGGGACUAUACUGUAGGUGCAGUAACUAUAAGGGGAAAAGUUAAUUUCGCAAAGAAAUCUCCACUUAUCAAAGCCCAACUUGCCUUAAAUAGAUAUUGGAGAAAUAUGACAAAGUUACACGUAUGUUUAGCGUGUUUCUUAUUCAGAUAAUAUCCUGAAAAAUCAUUUUUAAAAAAGGUGUAAUCCUCCUGUUUUCUAUUUAAUGUCACAGUACGCAAUAGAAACUGCAUUAUUAAUCAAACAAAAUGACGUUAAAGAAUAUUCUAAAAGUUGACUUUUGGGAACUCGACCUCGGAUUUCUGAAUCUGAACGACCAAACAACACUCGGAACGUCCUCGGUAUCGUGUUAGAGGCUGAUUCUGAUCAUCUUUGGAGUCAGAAUCAUUCAAUACGACUAUUUUUAGGUUAAACAAUAAAUCAACUUACAAUGAGAUAAAAGGGACUCAGCAUUUCGCCGCCACAUUUAUAUUCCUGGCAACGCGGAAAAUUCUUUCAAACAGCAUUUAGACCAUGGCGAACGGAGAUACGGGUGACAGAAAACAAAACAAAAAAUAAAAUCUAGUAUACAUUCUUUUCGGUUUCUAGCCAAACAUCUCUCACAGAGGUGGGGUUGCACUGCGGGAAUGUGGACUGUUUCUAAAAUCCUGACCCCACCGUCCGUGUGAUUCUGUAUUAAUCCACUGUGGUUGAGUUCAACAGUCACAGGUAAAAGAGAGCUGCCAACCCUUCUUUUUUCUGAGAAGGGUUGGCAGAAGGACCAUGUCACCUCGAAUCUGUACCACAUACUGCUGCAGCGAAACGUUAGGCCUGUUGGAAAGACGAAUCAAACCCACAGAACCGACGUUAAAGCCUAUGAUUUUAGUCUUUUUGUUGGUAAAAUGGAGAAAAAAAAACAACUAUUCAGUGGAGUUAGUUCUGAAAAUUUGAAGAACCCGUGUCACAGCUGAGAUGGAUUUUCCCUCUACAUUUAAAGAGAAGGUGUCACAUUUUUUAGACAGAAGCCAACCUCCAUGUUAGGAUUUCCUAUCAAAUGUAUCAAUCCAUUAUCCAUUGCCCUCAAAAUCACAGUCUGUUAUGUGUCUGUGAUUUUGAGAAAUUCAUUUUUAUUUUUUAUUUUUUCCUCGAGCAAGAGUGAAAACCUAUUUAUAGAAGUCUCUGUCCUCAGAAAUGUACAGUUUGUAAAGGCUAAAUACUGUAUGUAAUGUACCUAGCGAGGCUGUGUGUAAAAGCCUAACUAAUAAUGCUGUAAGCUCCGUGUUCUUACCAUGUACAUUUAGCUAAGGCUGGAGCAGUUUAAGAGUUCAUUUACACCAUUGCUGUUGCUGUUGAUUGAUCCAUUAGUAAUAUCACGGCAGUAGAAGUGGCAUCAGUGUAGUUUAAAAGGGGCUUUCUGUCUUCAGUUGUCGUUUCAGGGCAAAUGAUGCACCUCCAGAAAUGAUUAAACUUGAAGUGACUUUCUUUGAGUUAACUUUUUAGUUUCCGGUUUGAGGACUUGUACAUAUUGUAUUUGUGUGCGUGUGUGUGUGGGGGGGGGGGCGAAACACUCAAAAAGCCUAAAAAUCCUGGUUUUAAAAUAAGUUUGUGCCCGUUUUUGUCUUACUCACCGUUGACAUGCCGCAGUGAAUGUUCUGGAGUUAACGGUUCACCUCUUCAACCGCUGCCACGUCUCUGAUUAAAUGAAUGUCUGCUUAUUCAGUAACCUGCCAUGUUGACCACAGAAAACACAGAUCCAUCAGAGGAACACGUUUAGUUUUAGUCCUGAAGCUUUCUUCCCCGAGAACGUUUCCAAUUGUGUCGAUACCAAAAAAAAA